CCCCCCCCCCCCACCACCAAACAACCCCAACCAUCUUCUCUCUCCUCUUCAAUGGAAAUUGACCCUCUCCCCAACGGAAACUCCUCCGUCGAAGGAUCCACUGGCGCCACACCCGCCGAAGCAGUGGCGGCUAUGGCGGCGGCAGCGGCGUCGAACGUGAGCAAGUUGUCCGAUUCACUCAAGCUCGAACACCAGUUUCUACGCGUUCCUUUCGAACACUUCAAGAAAACUAUCCGUGCUAAUCAUCGCUCAGUUGAGAAAGAGGUUUCUGCCGUUAUGACCGCCGUUCAAUCUGCUUCUCCUGAUUUUGAUCGCAACGACGUCGUUUCGCAUCUCUCUUCUCUAGUUUCUCGCUUGCAAGGCCUCAAGAGAAAGAUAGAGGAAGGAAGCCGAGCAGAGAAUCUGCAAGUUCAACGAUGUCGAGCUCGAUUAGAUCAUUUGGAAUCUGCAGGUACAGAUGAUAUGUCUGAAUGGAACAACAUGCGUUUGAAGCGGAUUCUUGUAGACUAUAUGCUUCGUAUGUCAUAUUAUGAGAGUGCAGCAAAGUUGGCUGAAACUAGCAAUAUACAGGAUCUUGUGGAUAUUGAUGUAUUUUACGAAGCUAGAAGGGUGAUCGAAGCUCUUCAAAAUAAGGAGGUAACUCCUGCAUUAGCCUGGUGUGCUGAUAACAAGUCCAGGCUGAAGAAAUCGAAGAGCAAAUUUGAGUUUCAGCUAAGACUUCAAGAGUUCGUUGAAUUGGUUAGAGCUGAUAACAAUAUACGUGCAAUUGCUUAUGCUCGAAAGUAUUUAGCACCUUGGGGAGCUACUCACAUGAAAGAGUUGCAGAGAGUGAUUGCAACACUUGCUUUUAAGAGCAGUACAGAGUGUGCUACGUACAAGGUUCUUUUUGAACCCAAACAAUGGGACCACCUAGUCGACCAAUUCAAGCAGGAAUUCUAUAAGUUGUAUGGCAUGACCCUUGAACCAUUGUUAAAUAUCUAUAUGCAGGCUGGUUUAUCUGCUUUGAAAACUCCAUUCUGUUAUGAAGAUGACUGCCCAAAAGAUGACCCAUUGUCUCAAGAGAGUUUCCGUAAACUUGCAUCAUCAUUACCAUUCUCGAAGCAGCAAUACUCAAAGCUUGUUUGCUACAUAACAAAAGAAUUGAUGGAUACAGAAAAUCCACCAAUGGUCUUACCGAAUGGCUACGUCUACAGCACUAAGGCUCUCGAGGAAAUGGCGCGUAGGAACAAUGGUAAAAUAACUUGUCCAAGGACAGGUGUGGUCUGCAAUUAUUCUGAUCUGGCUAAGGCGUAUAUUUCAUAGAAUCAUACCUUGAUCAAUUAUGUAAAAAGACAAUCCUUGUAGACUCUCAAGAAGAAUAGCUGAAAUCUUUCCGUUGCUGUUUAUCCAUUGGAGGAUUGGCAGCUUACCCACAUGUACAUAACAAAAGGGCCAUUUGAACAAUUUGUUAUAUCUUUGCUAUAAUACUGUAAAUUCUUUUU